AUGUCGCCGACUGUGGUUCAGUUGUUAAAUCAUUCGUUGAAUAUUUCUUCUUUUCUUCUGCUAUAUUUGUUUUCAACCCAGUGGAAGAUUUCUUGGUGGGAUUCAGGGACUUGCUUCAUUCAAAGAUUUCGCUCUUCACGGUAUUUCUUUCUGUUCGGUGGAAGAUUUCUUGUCUUCAACUUCCAAUAUUUCUUGUUUCGAGGAUUUCUUUCUUCUUCCCGAAAAAAUUCGCAUUCUUCCCAUUUUGUUGUUCACUCCUCCUCCAACCUCUUUCUUUCCAUUUUGUUCAAAUGCACAAUCUUUCUCCAAGCUUACUCUUCCCAUUUUGCUAGAAAGUCCAUUCUUCCCAUCUUCUUGAAAGGCUCACUUUUCUUCCAAGCUCACUUUUCACAUUUCGUUAAAAAGCCCACGCGUCCUCCGAGCUCAUUCUUCCCAUUUUCUCAGUUUCCCUCCAAGCUCACUCCUCCCAUUUUGUUGAAAAGCUCACACUUCCUCCAAGCUCACUCUUCCUCCAAGCUCACACCUCCCAUUUUGUUAAAAGCUCACUCUUCCUCCAAGCUCACAUCUCCCAUUUUGUUGAAAAGCUCACUCUUCCUCCAAGCUCACACCUCCCAUUUUGUUGAAAAGCUCACUCUUCCUCCAAGCUCACACCUCCCAUUUUCUCACUCUUCCUCCGAGCUCACUCUUCCUCCGAGCUCACUCUUCCUCCAAGCUCACUCUUCCUCCAAGCUCACUCCUCCCAUUUUGUUGAAAAGCUCACUCUUCCUCCAAGCUCACACCUCCCAUUUUGUUGAAAAGCUCACACCUCCCAUUUUGUUGAAAAGCUCACUUUUCCUCCAAGCUCACUCAUCCCAUUUUUUAAAAAGCUCACUCUUCCUCCAAGCUCACUACUUCCGUUUUGUAGAAAAGCUCACUUUUCCACCAAGCUCAUUUCCUUCCAAGAACUUUCAUUUCUGGAUCUAG